AUGACUGUCGGCUAUCUGGGUUACACUGAAGUAGAAGUUAUGAUGCGAGGCAGUAUUCUUAGGAAUAACUCGAUAGCACUUCGGGUUUCUAUUAGGUAUUUUGGGAAGAAUUCUACAACCAAGUUUCCAACAAUAAUUCAUGAGAAUAAUGCGUUUGUUGAUAAUAUUAAUGAAGUGCUAAAACCAGAUGGCGCAGCCGCGAUUUACUUUGGAAAUGGUAAAAGCCGAGUAUCAUCAUGUCCUUUCCUUGACAACAAGGCUGGAGAAAAUCC